CAACCUACAAUGCUAUUGCUGCUGCUGCCUGCCAUUCUCUCUUUCUCUUAAAUCACAAAAGAGAAGAAGCUCCCUCUUGGCUUCUUUAAUAUCUCUCUCUUGUUCCCCUCCUUGCAAUGGCCUUUGCAACGACACUUGUCGUCUUGUUAUUGUCCUUGUUGCCGAUUCCUUCGUCCCUUUUGCAAGCUGAUGCAGCAGCCGCCGCUACAUCUUACUCCCCUACUAAGUCUAACCCUCCUCCUUCUCAACCCCAAAUCACUGUCAUGGGCAUGGUCUAUUGUGAUAUCUGCUCCAGCAACUCCUUCUCCAGGCAUAGCUACUUCCUGCCAGGUGUUGAAGUCAGAGCUGACUGCAUCAUCAAGGCCAAUUCCCCAAGGACUGAAGAACACAUAUCCUUUUCGGUUAACAGGACAACAAACAGGAAGGGAACCUACAGAUUUGAAGUUCCUUCUGUUGAUGGGGUCCAAUGUGCUGCUAGAGAUAAAGCUGUUGGCAUCUCUUGUAGAGCAACCUUACUGUCCAGCCCCUCUCCUUCCUGUCGUGUCCCUGCCUUUCACUCUACAUCUGAUGAGAUUUUAGUCAAAUCCAAACAUGCCAAUUUGUGCAUUUACAGUCUCAAUCCAUUGAGCUAUAGGCCAUCAAAGAGAGAUGUUGUCCUGUGUGGAAAAUGAACUUUGUUUCUACAUCUACAUCAACAGCUGUUUGUUGCAUGCAAUGCAAUCUCUUUUGACUUCA